AUGGAAACAGACGGAUCCGUAACGGACUCCCAAAGGGCCCGUGAAGGGUCCUUCCGACUUUGCCUAUGGUUUACUCGGACUUUGGUAACGCGAAACGGACGCGAAUCGGACAGGGCAUUUCUAGUGACCACUUUAGUACAUAGGUAAAACGGAAAAGUUCCUUUGAGGAUCCUUAAAGGAUCCUGAGAGGGAGAUAGAAAGCUUCCUCUAAAAGCUCCUAAAAUGAUGUAAAAAAGCUUUUGAGCGCCUUUUUCAUAGCCCCGAGGUAGCAUCAACUCGGGCAAAACUGAAAAGCUCCCCAAAAGCUUUUCUCAAAAAAAGACCUUGAAAGAAUCCCCAGCAGAUCUUUUUUACAUCAUUUCAGUUCUUUUUUGCAUCUUUUUCACAUCCUCUGACAAAAAGGAUGCUGGAAAGCAACUAAAAAGAUCCGAGGGGAUUCAAAAAGGAUCCUCUGAGGCUAUGAAAAAGGUGCUCAAAAGCUUUUUUGCAUCAUUUUAGGAGCUUUUAGAGGAAGCUUUUUAUCUCCCUCUCAGGAUCCUUUAAGGAUCCUCAAAGGAACUUUUCAGUUUUACCUAUGAACGCGCAUUUCUAGCGAUCACUUUAGUAGCAUCAGCGCUCUUAAGUGAUCCCUGGAAAUUUCCAGAAACGUCCGGAGUGCGUCCGUUCCGAGUCCCCCGAGGUUUAGACUUGAGCAUCAGGCCGGGGUUAUGACCCUCAUUUUUGAGAAACAGCUUGGGCGGGCUCGGGCCAGGCGGUUUCAAAGAAAAUUUUAAUUUAAUCAAAAAAAUUUCACCGAAAAAUUAUUUUUACUUUUUGAAUCAGUUUCUAUCAACUCUAUGUUAAAAAAUGAGCGAAAACAUCGGUUUUCUCGUUAAAGAAGCUCGAUAUUCUUAUUGAAGAAAUUGUGAGCUUUUAAGCAUUUUUUGCUUGAGGCCUCCCCAAGACCGGGCCGGCCCUCGUACAAGCCUGCCGAUUUCUGAGUGCUCGGACUUUGAUAACUCGGGCGUGUCGGGACAUUUUUAGUGACCAUUUCAGUAGCUUCGGCACUCUUAACUGACCCUAGAAUUGUCCAGAAACGUCCGGAGCACGUUCUUUUAGUGUGGGUCCAGGCUUGCGCGUCGGGCCGGGCGGCCCGGGCUUUGGGCCUCAUUUUCAGGAUAAAGCCCGCGUGGGCUCGGGCCGGGCGGGCCAUUUUUUCUUCAGGCCCCGCUAAGGCCGGGCCGGGCUUACGAAAUGGUCGGGGGGCCGGGAGGGUGACGAGCCGGCCCUCGCACAAGCCUGUGUGGGUCGAAAAUUGA